AUGACCGCUCUCGCCCUUGCGCAAGGAAGUUCAUCCUCUUCUGCCGCAACCCAGAGCCCCAGCGUCUCUAUUCAAAGCCAUAUCACACCCAGUGGUGUACCAAAGACCGCGUCGACCACCUCCAGCGCUCCCGCAAGCAGCUCGACCCCCGUUUCUGGCUCUGGUUCAUCGUCGACGCCAGCAAGCACAUCUGGAGGAAAGAGCUCCUCAGCUCCUGGCUCUGCAUCAGGAACUGGAUCUGGCAGUGCACCGGCGUCUACCCCCACCGCUCCAUCUGGAUCUGGCAACAGCACCGCGCCAGCCUCAACCUCUGGAUCGAAUUCCACUGCCGCACCCUCGGCCCCGGCCAGCGGUGCUUCCAGCUCAUUCAACGUGGCAGGCGCAGCGUUGGUCGCGGUCCCACUCGUUUUCCUUGGUAUGCUCUGA